GUACACUCUUAGAAACAAAGGUGCUAUAUAGAACCUUAAAGGGUUCUUCUUCAGUCCGGAGAACCCUUUGAAGAACCCUUUUUGGUUGCAGGUAGAACCCUUUUGGGUUCCAUUUACAGAGGGUUCUACCUGGAACCCAAAAGGUUUCUACCUGGAACCAGAGGGUUGUCUCUGGAAUUUAAAAAAUGGUUUACCCUAUGGGGACAGCUGAAGAACCCUGUUGGAACCGUUUUUUCCAGAAGUGUAGGGAUGCUAUGUGCCUGGAGGCAGGGUUGAGUCAUGUGAUUGAGUUCAUUCUAUACUAUAAAAUAGAAUGGGCGCUCAAAAAUCUGCCAUGAUCAACGUUUUUAUACAUCGCCAAAUUGGGAUUGCAAGUGACAUACGGCCAAAGCGUUAGCUGGCAUCGUUUAGGGAGCACUAAUCUGUGCAAAAUCGGACAAGACCUUUGAAUCUUGAAACGGGAUUGUAGCCUAGUAUAUACAGAGGAGCUAAGCUUGCAAGUGAGGGAGAGAGAGGGAGAGGGUGAUAGAGAGAGAGAGAGAGAAAGAGAGAGAGAGAGAAAAGUCAGAAUCCAAAAUCCAGGGAGAAAAAGUACUCAAAGGAAAACAUUUCAAAUGGAUGGGACGAAGCCAGCCAUGGAGUCUGCCACAGAGGAAAACCAAGAGGAGAGGGAAGAAGGCAAAGGUUGCUUCGAAUGCUGCAUCAAGUGUCUGGGCGGCGUGCCCUACGCCUCCCUGGUGGCCACCAUCCUCUGUUUCUCGGGCGUGGCUCUGUUCUGCGGGUGUGGUCAUGUGGCGCUGACCGGCACACUGACCAUGCUGGAGAACCACUUCUCCCAGAUCACCACUGACCACGCCACCCUCACCAUCGUGAUCCAGACCAUGCAGUACGUCAUCUAUGGCAUCGCCUCCUUCUUCUUUGUUUAUGGGAUCAUCCUGCUGGCUGAGGGCUUCUACACCACCAGCGCCGUCAAGAAGGAGCUGCAGAGCCAGUUCAAGACCACCGCGUGUGGCCGCUGCAUCACAGCCACGUUUGUGUUCCUUACAUAUAUCCUGGCCCUGGCCUUCCUGGGGAUCUUUGGCUUCUCAGCCAUCCCAGUCUUCCUCUUCUACAACAUGUGGACUACCUGUGCUGCCAUGAAGUCCCCCAUGGCCAACAUCACUGAUCCGGACUCCAUCUGUGUGGAUGUCAGGCAGUACGGUAUUAUUCCAUGGAACGCGACACCCGGCAAAGCCUGCGGAUCUACACUAGGAGACAUCUGUAGCACCAGCGAGUUCUACCUGUCUUUCCACCUGUACAUUGUUGCGUGUGCUGGGGCAGGCGCCACCCUCAUUGCAUUGAUCCACUAUCUGAUGAUCCUGUCGGCGAACUGGGCCUACCUGAGGAGCUCCUGCAACCAGAACGAGUACCAGGACAUCAAGACAAAGGACGACGACGCGGAGGAGGGUGGCUCCAAGGAGGGUCUCAACUCCUCUUACUCAUAAGAACCGGCCAACCACCCCACCUCACACACUUCCUCACACCUAACCUCCAACCCCCUUCUGGGUAAAACCAACACCUGGGUCUCCUUCACUAUGGGCGGUGUUCUGACUUGAGAUAUGUGCGCUCAACUCAAAUUGUCACACUUUGGCUACAUUUACACAGGGAGCCCAAUUCUGAUUUAUUUCCCCACUAAUUGGUCUUUUGACCAAUCAUAUCUUUUCACAUCAAUUAUUUUUCAGAGCUUAUCUGAUUGGUUAGAAGACCAAUUAGUGAAGAAAAUAUCAGAAUUGGACUGCCUGUGUAUAUGAAAUGCAGCCCAUGUCUUCCAUUGACAUCAAUGGAAAAUUUAAGGGAAAGUCUGAGUUGCGCACACUUUUCUCACCUCUGAAUCAGGUUCUUUGUCCAAAUAGGAGCAAACGUUUUCAAACGGAACAGGUAUAUGAGAAGUUCCUAAGUGGUACCUCUUCCUGUUUGCGAACGUUUGCUCUCGAUUGGACCAUUAUUGAGUGCAACCCUGCUGUCAUAGCCUAACUGCUCUGAGCCAAUCACAGCACAGCACUAACACAGCUCCUAAUAACCGCCUAACAACAAGGUCACUAUCCGCACAACUCCUGAGGAAGCGUGCCACAAAAUGUCCAGUUUUUUGGUGUUUUAUAUAUAUAUGAAUAUAUUGUGCGAAUGUGUAUGUAUGAAUGUUUUUUUUUUAUAUACUACAAAGUAUGACAGGUUUACUAUUAUUAUAUUUAUCUGGUCUUCUCUUAUCUCUGGUAUUUUUCUCCUUUGGUUAUCUUAUCGCAACCCUGUUUUACCUGAUUUAGUUUUUUGCUUUUUUUUAAAUGGAAAUGCUUGAUACGUUGCACUAUUUAAAAAUAGAAAAGAGUAAAGUAGAAUUAAAAAAGAAACAUAAAUACAUUACAUACACAGCAUCUCAGGGUGCCACUCUUAGAAAAUAUUCCUACUAUUACGUUAACUUUCCCAUUUCUUUAUUGACAUCCAGCUACUUCUGUUGAGUAAUUCUUCAUUUUGGCCUGAGGAGAAAAACGUGUGCUGUACUCUAACUGAAUUGGACACAUGCACUAAUGUGACUGUUGGCCCAAAGCAGCAGUUCUGUCAGCAGCUGUCUGCAGUGCUAACGCAUUGCUUUGACCUUCAGGUGAACCUCUGGCCUGGUCCCAGAUCUGUUUGUGCUGUCUUGCCAACUCCUAUGGUCACUGUCGUGUUAUUAUGACCAUAGGAAUUGGCAAGAUGGCACAGACUGAUCUGGGACCAGGCUAGUGAACCUCCACCUAGCCCUCUGCAUGGCAGGUUUUCUCUGGAAACAGCCUUGCUUCUAAACCCACAGGACAAACCAACACUCAAGGUCAGAAUGCCUUGUUCUGUUUGUAAGUGAUACAUUAUACAUACCUCAGGUACUUAACCUAAAUAAAAACUCCACUAGCCUGGUCCCAGAUCUGUUUGUGCUGUAUAGCUCCUAUGUUUGGCAUGAUAACGACCAUAGGAGUUGACAAGACAGCACAAAUAGAUCUGGGACCAGGCUAACACUUUACUGAUUAAGCACACGCUUGUUACAAGGCAAGGCCACAGCUGAAGUGAACUUAGCAAAAGUCCCAAUGUUUGUUCAUUGUACACAACUGUGAAGGGAAUCAUACAUUCACUUUCCUCAAGACAAGUCCACCCUUAAAGGGGUGAAGUUCACCUGUAAAUAUAUGGACCGCCCCAAAGGAAGUUCUAUUGACUGACAUCUCCUGAAUGUGGAGAGCACGGUCAAUGUUUUACCAUGCUAUUUUACCUUUUGAUUACCAAUAUGUAAAUGUUUCCUUUUCAAGUAUAUGUUUAGCAUCCAAUUACUAGUUCUGCAUUAAAUAUAAUAGUAAUGUGACAUCUUUUAAAACGGUAUGUUGUGAGAAGGAAGCAAAUACAGAGUCAUGAUGGCGGUGGUGCUUGUAUUGUGUACAUUUUGAAAUGUGGAGAAAAAAAAUGUACUAAGUGGUUUUCAAUGUUUUUAUCAGUUUUAGGCUGCUGAAUCUUUCCCUGUGCUAAAGUAAUGAAGAACUUGUCUCUGACAUUAUUUGUGAUUAUUUUACUAUGGCAAGCCAAAUGUAAGUGACACAUCUCAUAUUUUUAGGCCUGUUAUAUGAACAGAUACCAUUUGGAUGUUUACAAUAUAACAAGUCAGGAAUGUUCAUAUUUUUUCAGAUAUCAUUUGAUUAUCACAACCAAUUCUAUAAUAAUGAUCACUGAGUAGUUCAAGCGCUCCGGACUAUAAGGUUCUAUCUGCAUUUUAGUCUAAAUUGAGUUAGUGACAUAGCCUUGUUCUGUUCAAUGUUCUCUACCUACAUACAGUAUACUCUAAAUACCCCAAUUCAUGUUAAGUUCAAAAGAAUUCAAGGUAAAAUGGCUGACACCGUUCAAAACAACUAGGGCUCGAAACUGUGAAGGCAUUUAUCUCAGAAUCAUCUUUUUGCAGAUAGAACCUUACAGUCCCAAAGCUCUCGAGUUAUCUUCCUCGCAGCAGUGAAACGAUGAUUCUUUUAACUUUCAUAUGAAAAGGCAUGUCGGUAUUGUCCACGUGUGCAAACGUCUAAAUACUGAAAAAAGGACUAUAUUCCCAUGUGUGUUAUGUUUGAUAUAAUACAGUGUGCUUUGCCACCUGGUUGAUGUAGGCAAGCGCAUGUUCCGGUUCAUAUAAGAUGCGUGUCAGUCAGGGUGUGUUGUCGUUUCCUCGUUAUUGCAUGAAGGCGACAUGACUGUGUCUUUGCAGUUUUUCAGGUGAUGUGUAGUCAAUUGUACUGACAACUAUGGUAGGCAGUGUUUGCCCCCACUCAACUCUCUUUUUUAAAAAGAUAUCCAUUGUACCUUUGAUGACAUUGUAGUCCCUGUAGUUUCAUUAUUGUUUUUCUUUUUAAAGUUUCAAAUAGUUAUGACUCCUGUAUGGUGAUGAUUUUUGUAACCUUCUCUAGUAAAACCGAUAUUUUUUAUUAUCGCGAAA